AUGGAAGUCGUUGUACGUGAAAGUGUGCGCGGAGCGUCCGUCAAGAGCCACACGUCUUUGCAAUCGGGACACCGGGCUAACGGGGAACCCGAAGUACGAAAGGGUACAGGUCACGUCUUUGCCCGUGCUGCUGCUUCCGUUCCUUUUCUUCUGCCACCUUCUACGUGGUGCAAGCAGGCCCUCAAGCACGCGCAGAAGCUUGGCGCUUCGGCAGCACCUCAUCGGAUCGGCCCACCCGCCGCUGCCGCAUCUGCUUUGUCGUCACGCCGCAGUAUAUUCCACACCUCUUCCCCAGCGACCACGCACACCUCGGCUUCCUCCAUUGCUCCCAUAACAAGAACAACGACCACUACCACUACCACUACCCAGCCUCACCCUCCUGCCCGGACAUUCAGCACCACUGUCGCAAACAUGGCCUCUGCUACCAGCUUCUACGACUUCAAGCCCGUCGACAAGAAGGGCGAAGCGAAGCCUCUGGCCGACUACAAGGGCAAGGUCGUCCUGAUCGUCAACACGGCCUCCAAGUGCGGCUUCACCCCGCAGUACGCGGGGCUCGAGAAGCUGUGGAAGGACCUCAAGGCCAAGCACGCAGACGAUUUUGUCAUCCUCGGCUUCCCCUGCAACCAGUUCGGCGGCCAGGAGCCCGGCACCAACGACGACAUCCAGGAGUUCUGCCAGCUCAACUACGGCGUCACCUUCCCCAUCAUGGGCAAGAUCGACGUCAACGGCGACAAGGCCGAUCCCUUGUUCGAGUGGCUCAAGAGCGAGCAGCCGGGCCUCCUCGGCAUGAAGCGCGUCAAGUGGAACUUUGAAAAGUUCCUCGUCGGCCGCGACGGCAAGGUCAAGGGCCGCUGGGCCAGCACCACAAAGCCCGAGUCCCUCGAGAAGAACAUCCUCGAGGAGCUCAACAAGCAGGCUUAA